UCGCAGCGGUGUGUUGUCAUUUCGACCCGUGUCCUCUGCGCUGCAAAAACGGGUCGCCCUUCAAACUAGAAACAGGACAACUACUUUAUUCCCCCACACAAAGAAAAUGGCAGGGACGAUUGCUCGUAAAGCUAUAGAUCAUUUGAAAAGCAAGGAGUUCAGAGAAUAUUUGAUGAGGUAUCAUUUCUGGGGACCUGUGGCAAACUGGGGUCUACCUAUUGCAGCCAUCUCAGAUAUGAAGAAAAGCCCUGAGAUUAUCAGUGGCAGAAUGACCUUUGCUUUAACUUGCUACUCACUUUUGUUCAUGAGGUUUGCUUACAAAGUACAACCCCGCAACUGGCUGUUGUUUGCCUGCCAUGUAACCAACGAAACAGCUCAGUUAAUCCAAGGAAGUCGCCUGAUCAAAUACAAUCUCCAGAAGAAGUCAUCAUAAUUACUAAAUCCUGCCUACAUGCCAGAGCUUCAGAACUCAGAUUAAAAUGUGGCUAAUUUGCUCAGAUCAGAAAUCACAUUUGGACAGAGUCUAGUAAUAAGGUCAAGUCUUGGGAUAUAUUUUGGCAUUGUAACGUAACACAAAAUGUAAUCCAGUAAUUGGGUGAUUGUUUGAUGCCUUAAAUACUCACAUUUUUUUACUGCACAACCAAGACGUAGCAUAGAAUGAGUAUUUUGAACAAUUACACGUAAUACAGGUCAUCAAUAUUUGUAUUUUCCCAAUGUCUAGCUUCACAAUAUAACAUUGACAUAACAUUGCUGACAUGAUUUUAUCAAUUAAAAAUGUAAAUAUGAAGUUGAA